AUGGAUUUAUAUCGGCGAACCUUCACUCUCACCGUAAUGAGACAAUUCAUCAGAAGAACGCGGGGAAUCAGACGGAUAUGUUAUUUGAAAGCAGGAAAAAAGGGGACUCAAACGGGCCCUGUCUUCCCGCCCCCAUACCAGCACGACCGGCCUACUGGUGGCAUUGGAUUCAAUGUCACCCCUCCCAGCGGCUGCACACCCCUGCAGCGAGAGGCCUUGCAUCUGAUGUCAAUUAUUAUCGACCUUCCCCGAGCGGAAUUGGACGGCCACAGAUACCCGCUGAACCGCUGCCGGCUCCCAGUCUUUCGCCAGGAAGGCAAUUUAGUGGCCAAGAUGGUGACCAUCGCCUUACAGGGGAGGUGUAACAUGAGGCGGGCCAGCAACCCAAUGUCAGACAGAAGUAUUCCGACGACAACGGGCGAUGAGUCGACGGCUAUCGAGCUGGCGGUCGUGCCACUGCCACCAUCAGCAGCCACAUCUGGACGGUUCAGAUCCUCCAUCUCUAUGCGCACCACCCAACGUAUCCGGUUGCCUGAAAGUGGCCCGAAACAAGAUGAGGGGGCUCCGAAUUCGACUGCCUGUCCAGGGUGGGGAUCCGCCCUGGUAAUCAACCACAAUGGCCGUUUCGACGCUGUCGCUCCUCCUCGACAUGGAAGAUUCCGCUGCCCCUCGACUGCAAAUUCCCAUCCAGAGUCGAAACAAGAUGAAAUGAAGAAGAGAGAAACUCCGAAUAGAGUGAGGGAUAUGGCCCGCUUUGUCCGAGCUUGCCAGGGCCCAGGGCUAGAGCCAGGAACCGAACACUCCAACGACGUGGACGCCAGAACGAAGAGGUCGCUCGAGGUCGCAUCUACUGGUCCAGGGUGCGGCGUGGAAAUUCGCUUGUAUUUGUCGCGCGGCGGCCGCAGAGCCCCCAUGAAGGUCCCAUCGAAAACGGGUCUCCUUUAUUGCUCCAUCCAGAGACCGAGAGACCUCUACGGAUACACUACGGAGUACGGCCUCUCCCUCAAGCCAGUCAGUCGGGUCAACACGCCGAUUAUCCCGGGCCUGUCUGCGGUCUUGUGGCCGGAGAGCGCCACGGGAUUUGUCUCCCCUCUCCUGUGCAAAGAGCAGGGGGCGGAGGAGACAUCAAAGCAAGGUACACAUCAAGAUCAUGGAUUCAUGGAUGGCAACCCCAAUCCUUACCCGAGCCAACUGCUCGGUGUAUCCAAGCAUUUCACUAGCAAGCCAAUUUCUCAGGCCAAUCGCGUCCCGAGGGGAGUGGCGGGAGAGAAGUAUGGCUGCCGUUGCCUCCUUCGAGAUUUCCUCCCAGGCUGGUUAGACUUAUACGGAGCCAACAUCGCACCCCAGCAACUUUCUGUGGAUCCCGCUAUUCAACACAAGGGUGUCUACUACGUAACAAGCAAUGAAGAGAUCAUGCCAUCCGAGAUCAUGCCCAGCACCGACGCGGGAAGCAGAAUCGACGACAUCGGACGGCCCGCAACCACAUUUCCACGGCCGGGAGGCCCAGCUGCUGCCUGCACACGUCUCCCCCCAUUGCUCGAAUGGAGGUCAAUCCACCAAAUGGCGGGUUUGACGGAAUGUACUUUCAGGCUACAGAAUCCUAUCGAGCGCGUGCAACUCCUUGAGCAAACACCAUUUGAGGCUGCCUGGAGUCUCACAUCUCCCCAAUCCUCUGUUAUUUGGCCUGGUGGGGUACGGGCGGCCGCUCCUGGUGGCGCUCGGUAUCUGAUCGACGAGUAUCCAGAUCUAACGCUCCUUGAUUGCAGUGACAUGCAAUUCCGGCCCCGAUCCAAAGUCAUGUCACAGUCACAGGUCAAGUCGCUAAAGGCCUCAGUAAAUCUGAAAAGAAAACAUCGAGGCUGCAGUGAUGGCAACUCUUGUCGUCAUUCGAUCGAAUUGCAUUCGGACUUUGGGAUCAAGUCAAAUUUCAGCCCUAUGCUGGUGCAAGCCGACAAGAGCAUGUGGAUACGACAGCUAUCGAUCUUGGACCUAUCGAGUCCUCGGGCAUAUGGCCUACACGAUGUCGCAUUGAGGCCAUUCAGAACCUCAAGGCUCAACUUUCGCAUUUCAUUCGCAAUUGAGCGAAUCACAGUUGUCAGCAAGCAUAUCCCGGCAGCUAUGCUUACUGGUGACUCCCCCGGUUACCGCAAGGCACAUGAUCUGGCACGAUGGGACUUUGAAAAUUUCAUCCUCCGUCUUCUUCACAACUUCGCCACACGUAUCCGGCCAAGAAUGGUUUUGUUUUCCAAACGAAAGUGCAGUCUUCCUGCUGUGCCCGGCACGUCCCCCUUUGCCGCGCAGGGCUGGUUCUUCAACUUUCCAAAGUCCCUCCGCCUUUUACCUGGCUUUGUCUUUCACGACCGGCGAAUGAGCCAGCAAGACCAGCAAGCCUCUCGAAGCGCAUUGAGUUACUCCUCAACUCACCAAGCAUCGCCCACUCAAGCAUCGUAUACAGAUCAAGACACAAGCGAGCUUCUACGCAAGCUCCAAGAAACUACAAUUGCGGCUUUGAGGACAUCGAACAACACGAUGGACUCCCACGGCGGCGGCAGCUCGAAGGGCACCUCACCCGAUGACAAAGGCAAAGGCUACGACCAGUAUGCCAUCUUCGAUGGCUUACUUCCUCGGAUAGAGACCAGAGGACAGAGCAAAAACUCGUCGAAGAAGAGUAGCGGCAAGAAGAAGGAAAGCAAGGGCUCUAUUGAAGAAGUCACGGCCGUAUCUCUUUCGCAAUUCGAUGUCGAUGCCAGCUCUGAGUUGAUUCGGAGGGCCCUUCGGGCUACGUUUGGGUUUAGGCAUGGGGUUUCUAGUCGGACAACGCAUUUAUUGGAUUUGAUUUAUUUCAGGCUUUCUGUCAACAUACAAGUAGUCGUGUUGUCUCUCACCCUCUUCGCAACGAGUGGACUGUGUCAUAGCUUCCGCGUUGAGAGCGGCAGGCAGCGGCCGCCCAAGAACAUGGGUGGGAUGGAGGGGCAUGCACCGCGGCAUUCGAGCGGUCACGGCGCUAAAGGCCGGGUCCCGUGUGCCUUCAGGCUACCAGUGCUCUCGGUGAAUGCCAAAGUAGCUCGCAAGUUGAGCGAGCUGAAGCCUAACGUGCCGGUCAACCAGCCCCUCUUUUUGCCUCCGAAUACGGGUACCCUUGCUACGCCGUCCUUGGCUUCUAACAACUUCAUGUCUAGAACCUGGAAACAGAUGCAGCUUGCAAACACAGGUUUACAACAAGUCAACAGUAUGGACCCCUCGCCUAGCACCGACCUUAAAGCAACAGGGUCAGUUAGCGGUUCGCAGAGUUUUCCUCCCUUUAGGCGCAAUAAAGCCCCCCGUCGAAAGAUGCGAAGCGAACAUGGGCGCAGAGUCGGCCGCCGGGUGGAUCUUGAGGAGAAUCGGAUAAGCGACGCCAGAUCAACCACUUGUCGCAACUUUGAUUUUCUUCAGACUUCCUUGCUAAGAGAAGCGAGCCGAGAUGACAAGCAGAUACUUUCCAGGGAGACUCCCGACCGCAAGUUUGGAAAGUUGUCGGGGGCACUAGUAUCAGGCCAAGCUACUGAGCCAGGGAGCGUCAUUCGGCGGGCGGCCGCCCGUCACAAGCAGCACCUGGUUUUUUGCAAAGAGUACUUGCCUUUGAGGGAGAGAGGAAUCCACAACCUGCUCAUCCCGAGGCUGCUUCUCUGGUUGGCCAAUCACUUUGAUUUCGUAUCCAUCUAA